UCUAAGUAAGACAAGCUUGGCUAUUGCCUUUCCUCUCGCUCACCUUCCACGUGCGGGGAGGCGUCGCUAGGGGGCGGGAAGAACACCUGUUUAAGCCCCUGUCAGCUGCUGCGCGUUCGGCUCAGCUGCCACAUAGAGGCGUCGCUAUAGGAAUAUGCAUGUCUACUGCUACGCCUCCUCCCAUUGGUCCUUUCCGUUCUCUGGGUGGGACGCUCAGAUGGGCCAUGUGUAUAAAGUGGUACAUUGCCUCUUUCAGUGCUUCAGUGAUACUGCGUUUCAGCGGUGGACCACGGUGCAAAAAUAAGCUCUAGCCGUAAAUGAAAAGCAACGGUGACAGCAGUCCAUGUAACUUUAAAAGUGACAGCGGAGGGAGGUGAAUUUGGUUGCCAGAAUUCCGCAUCCUUCGUCGGGCUGCGUCGGAGCGUCCCACCAGAGGAACUUAACGUUACACUGAGAUUUGUCACGCACAUUGUUGCGGUCCCUGUGUAAAAAGCAGCAGCAGCAUCAUUCCUUUGGACUUCGAGGUUAAGUCUGACGUUUUCUGAACUUGACGGGCGCGCGUUUGUUGUGUGAAGGACUCUUCUGCGACAUGUGAGGAAAGUUCUCGCUUUCUUCGCAUGAAAGCUUAAACUUUAUUGCCUCCGGUUAGACGGAACUUCAAACACGGAGGUGAAGAAGGAUAUUUGAAAUCUCUGUUACUCAAAGGACGAUUUCUCUGAAACCACAUGUCAGCUUUAAAGCGGUGAAGCGAGGACAAGUCAGGUUGGUGGUUUUGAAUUCACGAGUCUCAAGUUUCUGCCGCCCUGGCCAGUGAUAUUAACGCGUGAAUUUGACCUGGGAUAAGUUGUCAACAAGAGGCAAACUGGCAGGUGUAUAAGCACAUUUACAUGCAUGGGCAUACAUAUAUCUCGCUGCUCUAUAAAUAGAAGCUCGUGCUUAUGUAUUAAGCCCUGGGCACUCAUCUUCAGUCGUUUUCAUCUUAAUCCCAGCGAAACCUACGCGUGUCGCUUUGGCUGUUAGGGUAGGUGUCGUCGCAUGGACUGACAUGGCCACCGAUCUCGCCAUGAGCGCAGAUUUGCCCAACAGCCCCCUGGCUAUUGAAUAUGUCAACGACUUUGACCUCAUGAAGUUUGAAGUCAAGAAGGAGCCUCCGGAGGCCGACCGCUAUUGCCACCGCCUGCCCCCGGGUUCGCUAUCCUCCACCCCAAUCAGCACACCCUGCUCCUCGGUGCCUUCCUCGCCCAGUUUCUGUGCCCCCAGUCCCGGAUCGCAGCCUGGGCAGAACCUCGGAAAUGGCGUCAGCAACAACAACAACAGUGGCAACAACAACAACAACAACAACCAAGGUUCCUCGGGCAAGCCGCAGCUGGAAGAUCUCUACUGGAUUCCCAACUACCAGCAUCACAUCAGUCCAGAGGCCCUCAACCUGACGCCCGAGGACGCGGUGGAAGCGCUUAUCGGUAACCACCACCACCAUCACCACCAGCCCUACGACGGAUAUCGCGGUCAGCAAUACGUCGGAGAAGACCUCUCGACGGCCACGAACGGGCACCACCACCCGGUGCACCACCACCACCAUCACCACCACGGCCACCACGCGCACGCGCGCCUCGAGGACCGCUUCUCGGACGAGCAGCUGGUGAGCAUGACGGUGCGCGAGCUCAACCGGCAACUGAGAGGCUUCAGCAAAGAAGAGGUGAUCCGUCUCAAGCAGAAACGGCGAACCCUGAAGAACCGCGGCUAUGCGCAGUCGUGCCGCUACAAGCGCGUGCAGCAGCGCCACAUGCUCGAGAGCGAAAAGUGCACGCUUCAGAGCCAGGUGGAGCAACUCAAGCAAGACGUGGCGCGUCUGAUCAAAGAGCGGGACCUGUACAAGGAGAAGUACGAGAAGCUCGCGAGCCGAACCUUUAACGGAGGCGGCGGCAACACUCGGGACCCGUCCAACGGCACUCACGGCAAAACCACUUCCACGGAAUUCUUCAUAUACUGCACGGACCCUUCUACUUCAUAACACCUCCGCUCUAAAUAUGGGAUCACGCAUAACCUCCAAAGACCCAUCAGUUUUGGAUUCUGUAAAUUCGUGUUUUUUUUGUUUGUUUUGUUUUGUUUUUUGUUGUUGUUGUUGUUGUUUUUCUUUUUCUUUUUUUAGAUAUAUGCUUAUAUUGCAAAGUCCGACAAGUUUAAAGACAUACAGCCGCUUUCUUGUGUUUUUUAAUUUUUUUUCCUUUUUUUUUUUUUGUUUUAACGGAUUGACGAGUCUUAAUGGCGAUGAGAACAUACUGGAAACGAAACUUCAGCCUGUGAAGGGACUUUGUAAGGAACAAUGCUAAUAUUAAAACACUUAUAAGCAAGAAAGGGAGAUAGCAAUACAUCCUUGAUUUUUCUCAGUCAUGAACUGAGGUUGAGGGGACUUAUGAACUUUGAGGGCCCUCAAGCAUUGCUCAAGUCUGCAUUACCCCACCAAUCCUGCAUGCGGGACAUGUAUGGUACUCCAAACGCCCAGGUCCUUUCUCUCUCUUCCUCAUACAGCACUUGGAUGAAAAGCAUGGCCCUUAACCACUUUCUCUUCUCUCUCUUUUUUUUUUUUUUUUUUUCUCGUUUCUUCUGCUCGACACAAACCGUGUAUGUGAAGGAACUCAUGCGUACCUGCGAAAUCACAUGAAAUCCGUUAUUGCAUUUCUUUUCUAUUGUCUAAAAGUACAGAAUAAGAACAAAGAAAAGAAAAAAGAAAAAACAACACCGAACUGAGCCAGAGUUAUUUAUUCCCACUUGUACAUAUGUAGAGGUCAAAUGGUGUGUUAAUUUAACUUUCUUUUUAAAAAGUCCUUUUUGCUUGGUUAUUUAAAACGUCUUAAUACGAUGUUUGUAUGUAGUAGCAUGCAAAUGACAAAGAUAUUCUCAUCCUAUUGAAUAUGUACAAUUUCAAAGAAAGCCUACUGCACUAAGAUUCGAAGAAUUGGGAUUUAUAUAACAUUUCUUUUCCUCUGUGUUAAUCGAAUUGCUGUUAUGGUGGACAUAGUUAGUCGAUCUAAAGUGCAUAUAAACACAAGGACAUUAAUUGCUGCUAAUAUUCUAUGCACCAAAUUCGAAAGCAAUUAACGGAAGCUCUGAUUAUGUGAAUUUUGUACUUCAAAGUAGAAAACCGGUUAGAUAUGGAUAUCAAAAAUAACUAAGAUCAUCUCUUCAAGAACGUGUGUUUGUCUUAAUAACCGGGAUGAUGAACGACAUAAAACUGCUAACUUCAAAUAUAUGACAACCGUUGUUCGUAGGGCAAGAAUGGUUGUUUUAUCUUUUUAUGAAAUAAUAAAACUGUAGCAUACUCUGUAUAAAGCAGUUGCCUAUUGUUUUGUAUUACAACAUUGUGAUGAUAAUAGGCUUCCGACCAUACUGAAUUACACUAUGUCAAGAGAUUAAAUGCGGAUAUAAUUCAACAGUACUAGAGGGUUUGUGUGCAAACUUUGCUAUAAGUAAUCAUGCGCAUUUGAGCUUGAAAUAUAGCCCAUCUUGUUCAGGCUAAAUGAAGAAGUUGCCAAAGUGGAUUAUCUAAUGCACGCAAAUUGUCUUAAGUCAGUUUUCAAAUUCUUUCCAACCUGUGUAUGCUUAGUUUCCUAACAGAUCUAUCGGCCAGACUCCUAAAAUAAGGUCUCCAGGUAUGCUCCUUUACCUGGGUCAGUAUAUGCUUGAUAUCUCACCUGAAAACCACUGUUAACACUGAUUAAUUUAUUUCGUUUAAAUUAUGAAUUAUGAUACAGUUCUUUAUGAAGCAAUCUCUCUGUCUAUUGGUCUAAUUUGAGGCACAGCGGCUUGAGGUUACAUAACCACAUGUGCUGUCAUGUGUGCUGUCUUAUGUAAAAAAAUAAAUAAAUAAAAUGGAAAAAAAAAAGAAGAAAAAAAAAACUGUACAUAGCCUAUAAUUUCUAUAUAUUUAUCAAAAUUAUAAAUGUCCUUACGUGUCAGUAAGUCCAAACCAAAAUGUUUCGAAAUGGAAUGUUGUUCAGAAUCUUGUUUUCAUAAUGUUUAAUAAAAACUCCUGUCAAAUGCA